AUGCAUCUCUGGGUCAUGCUCUUCGUCCUCUCGGCCGCAGCCAAAAACACCACCAUCGGGCUGGAAACAAUCGAAGAGGGCAGCAAAUCAAUCAGCGUGCCCCUGGGCGAUUGUCACAACCUAGAUUCUUAUGAGGUGUUGACGGUCUCGGUCAAGAAGCCAUGUCGAUUCUUCACAGGCCCCAUGUGUAUCGGACGGACGACAUUGCUCAAACCCGGCGUGCACGAGAGCGACGAACCCGUGCCGAUCUGGAGUGUGUUUUGCGAGGACGAGCCGGAACAGAAACUGGAGUUGGGCGCUUUGACGAAACCUGAGCGACUGGACUACAUCGAUGCUCUGUUCUGUCUGCGGUCUCUUCCUUCGAUCCUCCCGAAGGAUCAAUAUCCCGGCGUCCAGGAUCGAUUCGACGACUUUGUUGC